UUACAUUACAUGGGAUGGGAUUUCAUUUUUACAGACUUUACACAAAGUCUCACUCUCAUGCUCCUCUUUCUCCCUCUCAUGGCCGUUGAUCUCCCAUUCUCUUGCUCUCCUCCAUCUCACUUGUUGUCGAAGCCGGUGCUACUCUGACGAGGAGGCUCUAUCGCAUUGAUUGUGUGAUGCUAUUCCGGCAACGGUCUGUUAGUCUCGUCUUCCAUUCUGGUCUCUACCAUAAAAUCUGGGGUGGUGUUCCCACUAAAGGGCAAGUGGCUAAGUGCUUGGCCCAGGCCAAUUACAACAAUCAUUGGUUGUAAACCUGUUAUUUUCUCUAGUCUUGCCUUAUUUGGAUUGCUCUUCUAAAACUUAUCCUUUGGGUUUAUCAUUUGUGUCAAUUUAGUUAGUUGCUUUACUCUGUAUCUUUGUCAUUGUCUAUGGGUAACUCUUCUGUAAUUUAUUCUCUCAUAUCUUGGAACUUGACUGCUCUACUCUGUAUCUUUGUCAUUGUCUAUGGGUAACUCGUCUGUAAUUUAUUCUCUCAAAUCUUGGAACUUGACUGUUACCUAACACAUUUUUUUUGUUCCACCUCUGUUGAUGAUGCAUUAUUUACUUUUAUUUGUGUGCCACUUUUGAUCCAUGGAUGCUUCAUAAUGUUUCUAGAUAUGGCUUCAGCUGCAUUCAUUUACUCUCCCUGUAAUAGGGUUUGUUGCUCAACUUCUGGGCAAGGAUGUACCCGUUGUCUUAUUCUGAUCGAGUGAAGGUUAAAAAGGCCCUUAGAGGAGUGAAAGUUGAGGCAACCCACAGAGGGAAUGUAUGGAGAAAAUACUGUGUUUCAGGAUUGAUAUCUCAACCUACCAGCGAGCUAGCGUUUCCCAUAGAUGACAACUCAACAAUGAAGUCAGUUUGUCAAAUACUUCCAGGAGAUGUAUGGCUUCACCAUUCAGCACACACAUUUACUUUGCUAGUAGACAUGUAUUUGAGGUUAAUUAGCCAUCAAAUGUGAAAUCAUAUAUUUUUAUUCAUUACAUGGAUUGGUUGCUUAAGACCCUUUUCUUGAUUUUUUUCCCCCAAAUGUUUCAAUGCUGCCUCACAUGCUUUCACAUUUUUAUUUUGUUGUGCAGGGUUGGUUCUUGUUCUAUACUUGUUGAGCUUAAACAAAAUUGUCAAGAGCCA